AUUUGUUUCCGGUUGUCACUGUAGAAUCUGACCCCCGGCUUGAACACAGCCCUGCCUCUUUCUGAAGAUACACUUUUCGUCUGAUUUCUGAACCGUACCAGUCCAUGUGUGGUCUCUAAUGGGCGGCUGGUCUCGUGGUGCCGUGCUGGAGCUCUACCGGGCGCUGCUCCGCGCAGGCCGCCAACUUCAGUACACCGACCGCAACUACUAUCGCCACGCCGUGGCUCGCGAGUUUCGUCGCUGCCAAGACUUGAAAAUAGCUCAAGAUAAAGAGGAAGCGCUGAAGAGGGGCCAGUUCUUCCUCAACAGCCGAUUGGGCGGGCUUAUGUAGGGGGGGAGGGGUCAUCUGGAGGAGGGUUAAAGGUCAUCUGGAGGAGUGUCACCCAGCGGCAGGAUGGCGGGGGUGAAUGGAGACCGCAAAGGCAAGAAAGAUGACAAUGGGAUCGGCACUGCCAUCGACUUCGUGCUCUCUAAUGCUAAGCUCGUGCUGGGAGUGGGGGGAGCGGCCAUGUUGGGGAUUGCAACGCUUGCUGUCAAAAGAAUGUACGACCGUGCCAUCAGUACUCCCAACAGCCCGACCAACAUGGAGCAGACAGGAAGGAGGAGCUGGGAGGAGCCUGCAUGGAUGGGGUCAUCUCCCCGGGUGCUGAACCAUGACAUGAAGUCCACAGUGAGCCGGUCUCUGCAGAAUCUGCCCACUUCCUCUCAUGCUUUUGAACCAGACUGUCUACGGAGGGCCGUGGGUCGAUCAGCUGUGGGAGGCAGCGGCGCCACUCAGUCGGACCUUCAGAAGGCCCGGAUGCGUAUGUCGCUGCAGGAACAUCUGCUGGACUUCUACCAGAAUAACGUGAACAUCCCCACCGAGGAGCAGGCUGUGGCGAGGAGGGCGGCGCUGGACAUCUGUGCCGAGCUGCGAGUGUUCCUUCACGCCAAACUGCCCGACAUGCCGCUCAGAGAGAUGUACCUGAGUGGCAGUCUGUAUGACGAACUGCAGGUGGUGACAGCGGACCACGCCCAGCUCAUGGUGCCUCUGAUCUUGGAGAAGAACCUGUGGUCGUCCAUCCCCGGCGAAGACACCAUCAUGAACGUCCCGGGUUUCUGGCUCAUCCGCAGGGAGAAUUUAGAGUAUUUCCCUCGGAACAGCAGCUACUGGGACCGCUGCAUGGUGGGAGGCUACCUCUCCCCCAAAUCAGUCCUGGAGGUCUUCGACAAACUGGUGGCGGGCUCCAUCAACUGGCCCGCCAUCGGCAGCGUCCUCGACUACAUCAUUCGCCCCGUGGUUCCUUCAGAGACGCUGACCCUGGAGGUGCAGUACGACACGGAGCGCAGACUGUACGUGGACUUCCUGCCGUUACUCGUGAUGGAGGACGGAACCUCGCUGAUCGCCAAACCUCAUCGUCUUGUCGCCGAGCGUCACGAAAACCUGUGGAGGCAGAGCUUUCGAGUGGCGGAGACGGCGAGACUCAGGGCGCUGGACCAGGAGGACGGAGGGUGUCGGUGCGCCUGCCUGAAGCUGGCGAAGGCAAUGUGCAAACUCAACCCCGCUGUGAACCGUCUCAACGCCAGCCAGCUCACCAACUGCAUCCUGCUGCUGUGCGAGAAGGAGGGCGACUGGACGCAGGACGCGCUGGCCGACCGCUUCCUCCAGCUGCUGCGAGCGCUGGUGGGACACCUGGAGGCCGGGAGGCUGCCCUGCGCCCUCAGCCCCAAAGUGAACUUAUUCUGCGAGCUGACGGAACAGGAAGUGGACGAGCUGGGGUACACGCUCUACAGCGCCCUGUCCGAUCCGGCGGGGCUGCUGAGAACAGACAUGGAAGAGCCGCCACAACCGUGACAACCUCGUGUAAAAAAGAUCACUACUAACAGCAACGGGGGAUUUCAAUUAACACUGAUUUGUGGGCGAUGGUGACCUCGACAUAACAUGGUCCGGGGAGCGGGAAAAACUGCAUGGAGUCCAAAACACUCGAUCUGGUCAGUCUUAAACGCCAUCAGUGAGAACAUGUGAUGCACACUGUAGCAGCUACUAAAUGUUAAGAUACGUCUUGACAUGAAAGAUGUUUGUCUUGUUCUCAUGCAAAAAGUAUUUUAUCUCCGUUAAGGCCCAUUGAUGGAUCUCACCAAAGCCGUUGCAUUAAUGAAGUUGAGAGGAGACACGCUGAUAUACAUCUCGGUGGAGGUAGUGCACGCUGCAUGGGGUGGUGCAGGAAUGAGUCACCAUUUUAGCACCUGAAGCUUUUCUCGUCUCGACAUCAUUGGUUUUUGGAUGUGUUUUUGUUGAUAUGCCUGAAAUCAGGUCUGUGGUUAACAGAAGCUAGAGAUAUUCAUGUUUUCUUCCUUGCUAGGGAAUAGCUCAAGCUCAUAAAAACGGCGGUUGCUAACAAGUGGCUAAAUUAGACUAUUAAACGUCAUCGCGCCAAACAUUAGCCGCCUUUAGCUUAGCAGUUGUAGCUUUAAUGUGUGUUUACCACAGAGCUUGUUUUACGCAUGUUCCAAAAUCCAAUGCUAACUUCCACAUUAGCCUAGAAAAGUACAUCAUGCCUGCACCACUCAAUAAUAAGGUGGAUAUAAUACAUGCGUCUUCCUCACAUUUGUCCUCUUUUUAUCUGGUCGGAGUCUUGAAGGCGCUCCCGUGCCGUUGUUCACUGAUGGAUGCCGGGAUGUUGAUUGUAUGCCAAUCCAAAAGCUAAUAAAAUGUCAAUGAGCUAAAGAGACAAGCCUACUCUGUUCAUCCACCUUUGGUUCUCAUUAAAUACUGCUCUACUGUGUUCAGUUUGAAAUCACGCUGUGUCAGAACUUCAUUAAAACAGUGGCUGCGUUGAA